AUGGCGAGACCCCAAGAUACGACUUUGGUCCGAUUCUAUGGCCUCCCUAAGGUGCACAAAGACGGCGCUCCUCUCGGACCCAUCGUGUCGCUCGAAGGGACUCCAACGUACGGACUGGCUAAGUGGCUGUUCCGGUGUCUCAAGUUCCUGACCGCUGAGUCAGACACCACGGUCUCUUCAUCAGCAGAAUUCCUGGAGAAACUCAAAGGGGUAAGCCUCCAUCCAAAUGAGGUCAUGGUAUCUUUUGAUGUUACAUCCCUUUUUAAUUCUAUUCCCCAGGACCUGGCGAUCGAGACAAUCGAGCUGCUUCUACAAAGCAAAUACGAUGAAAUGGAGAAUCGUCUUGGACGCGCCCAAGUCCUUCAGCUGCUGAAGUUCUGUCUCAGGACGUACUUCACGUUCGACGGGACAAUCUACGAACAGGUGAAGGGCACACCAAUGGGUUCGCCGAUUUCGGGGUUCAUCGCCGAGGCGGUCCUGCAACGGUUAGAGUCGCUGGUCUUCCAACACCACAGACCGAAGGUCUGGGCCCGGUAUGUGGAUGAUACCUUCGUCGUUAUCGAUCGGGAUCAACUGCUGACAUUCAAGGAACGUCUGAAUGCGGUCUUCCCGGACAUACAAUUUACGAUGGAGGAGGAAGAGAACAACCAGCUGGCCUUCCUGGAUGUCCUCGUAUGCCGCAAGGAUUGUGGUGGACUAAAGACCAAAGUGUUCACGAAAGCGACAAAUACGAUGCAAGUACUGAACUUCAACAGCAACCACCCAAUCAGUCACAAACGCAGUUGUGUAAGGACGCUUUAUCGGCGUGUCGAAACGCACUGAAGUGAGCCGGAAGACAAGAUUGCUGAACUACAAUACCUCCGACGGGUCUUCAAAGCCAAUGGCUACCCGCGCAACUUUGUCAACAGGUGCAUAUGCAAAAUGGACGAAAGGCCUAACCGUACGGACACCAAAGUUUGGUGAGCGCUUCCAUAUGUCAAGAACGUUUUGGAAGCUGUUGGCCGUCUUCUCGCACCACUUGGGGUUGGAGUUGCACACAGGCCGGAGGCAACCAUCAGGCGUCAGUUUAUGAAACCAAAAGACCCACUGCCACGGCAAGAAAAGUCUGGAGUCGUUUAUCGGAUCUGGUGCAGUUGCGGACAAAGCAACUACGUCGGAGAAACCAGAAGACAGCUCCGAACGCGAAUGGCCGAACAGGCUGCAGCAGUGCGGAGAAAUGACGCCACCUCUCAAGUUGCGGCUCAUUCGACAGGUUCCGGCCACACAUUUAAAUUUGACGAGGCCGAAAUUCUCGCAAGAGGUAACAACCGCGUGAGCCGGGAGCUGCUUGAAUCAUGGUUUACUGGCCCCCAGUCUAUCAACAAGUGCAAUGAUCUUCCCAUUCAAUGCAGCGUGCAGAGACUUCGUCUAGGCGGAGUAAUUGGCCAUGCGGGGAGCGCACUGGUGAACAAUUCCCAACACCCGGGUCAGCGCGUCAGAUGGUCGAGCAAUCAUCACGCCAACAUCCAACGCACGUGAUGAAAUUGCAGCGAUUAACGGCGCGAAUAUUGACCAUCACGCCACGUGCAACGAGCCCUGAUGAAGGGGAGAGAGCCGUGAAUAUUCAUAGGUAUGCGGUAGCAUGGCUACUGCAUCCUAUAAAUACUGCAGCCGCGUGUGCAUGAACCACCCUUAUCUGCUUAUGUAUCUGAUGAUGGAUUCGAGCAGGAAUCCGAAACGUCAGGCUAAUAAAGCUCUUGUCCCGGCGAUCGUGCCUUCUUCUUCAAGUUGGCAGUCUGUUUUCAUAGGGCAGUACUCCCAGACCUUUUGUUACUUUAUCGCUCGCCUAUGGAGCUUCCGUAAGACGGUAAGUCCUUGGCAGUCCAUGGUCUCCGCGCCUGAAUGGCGUACUGUAGAUGCGGCCGUACGAAGGUGCAAAUAUUUUGGAAAAGUUUUCUGCCAAAUCCUAUAAAUGUCCGUCUGAUGAUGGCUGACUUGGUCGCCUUCGCCCAGUUCAGUGUUGGCUCGAGUGAAGAUGUAAUCCACACACCCAAGUCCUUUUGACUGUCAACUUGUUGCAGUGGUGUAUCGUGAAGAAAGUAAGUCCUGGAGUUGGAGGCUCCGCAGCUGCUGAGUUGAAGAAAGUUGCACUUACUCACGUUGAAGUGCGUAAGCCAGCGCUUCGACCAGUCCUCGAGCCUGCUAAAGUUUGUUUGCAGGUGGUCUGCCUCUGCCACAUUAUGAAUAGCUUUCCACAAGUUUAUGCCUUCAACGAGCAGGAUGACAUCACAGUCUUACAACUGAUAGAAGCGAACAGGCGAGUUCCAGAAAGCAGUUCAGAAGACGAAGAUGCGAUCAAUGGAACAAGAAAUUUAUUGGUCUGACUUUUCGGAUUCUCACGCGAACCCAUCAACAGAGACAGUCGCAGACUCUGAGUGAGAAUCCGAAACGCCAGGCCAAUGAAGUUCUUUUUCUCGUGGUCGCAUCUUCAUCUGCUGGGUUUAAAAACUCUUUAGAGGUUCAUCCGUCCGACCCAUGAGAGAUCUUUUAUAUAAUUUCCUUUUCUUGUUAUCCGCCUUUUUAAGGGUGCAGCCGACCAGCGGAGGUCUGUUUGUCAGAAUUCUUCGCAUGAUAAGUUAGUGGUUGGAAAUGAAGCUAUGAACUAUUUCAUUGAACUGUCCCCAAACCUCCUCGGUAUAGCCAGAGAGUGUGAAUGCCCAGUCAGUAGAUCAAAAAUCAUACCUCCUCUGUUCAAAAUCGCCACGCAGGCAGGGAGAAUGAGGUGUAUUUCCACAUGAGAUCUAAAUGGUCACUCUGGCCUAAUGGGUAGGGGGGGGAGGCAAUUCGCAACAUAGAUGCCGUUAGAAGACUUAGCGAACACAAGGCCUAGGCAGUUCAUCUGUUGGCCCACGCGAACUCUCGUCGGAAGCACUACGUGUUGGGUAAGAAGAAAAUUGCCGAUGGUAUGCAGAAGCUGCUGAUCGAAUACUGCCUCAGAGCGGUCGGCAGAGGUUGAGUUCCAGUCUAUGCGAGGUGUAUUAAAGUCUCCAACGAUGAGAAUAAUCGGCCGCAUAAAAAAUAAUUUGAGCUCAGCCAACAGGUGGGCAACAGUUUUAGGGUCCUUUCUCGGGACUUUAAGAGCCCAGUGCUCAUACAUAUCGCUUCCGUACUACAAGUCAGCUUAGGAGAUAUUUCUGAAACAUAAAAGCCACUCUUGGCAGAUACUGCUAUACCUCCGCCCUUUGGGUUUUCUGUGCGUCUGCUGAACAGUUGAAAUCCAGGAGGUAUAAACCCCGUCAUCCAUCUGUUCCGACAGCGGGACAGGUUGCAGCGACAGUUCUGUUGGCCACGCUUAACUUAGCAAGUUAUGGAAUGGAGGAAAACGCACGGGAAGUCUGUCUAUGUUCGCAGUGACUCUUCAGCUAUUUGGCCAUCAGCCAUAUUAUCGGCGGACAGCCUACUUAGGCCUGUACCUGGUGUCUGUUCCCUCGGAGGAUUAAUUGCAAAGCAUGCAAACACUCCACUCAUAACAAAUCAUAUGUCAUUGUCCAGGCCAGCUGAAUUGGGCAGACGACGGCAAUGACAUCACAGAUACCAUAAAUGCCUGCAGGAGUCCCGCAAUAGCAAUUAUUCUAAAUGGCGGGGGGCGACUCACUGGCACUUGUGCAGGAAUCAUUGAAAGGUGCGAAAAUCUCUCAUACCAGUCAGAUAUGCACACUUUAUGUCUUACUCGCCUACGUAAACAAGAGCCCUGCUUUCAACUUCCAUUCUCCACGAGCACUGUGCGAAGGGGGAAACACUUAGAAGUCUACGUAAAAACGUUCUUCAACCAAUUCGUUGACAGAACAUGUUAUCACCAACAGUUAGAGAGGAAAGCACAAAGGAAUUCUACCAGAUCCACUGACACAUUGGCAGCUGCAAUCGAUUUCGUUAACUGAUUCGUAUCAAAUUCGAGUUUGUCAGCAAGAUAUGAAAGGAUAUUUUCAGGCUGUCACGCAUUCGUCUCUCGCCACUGGCUUAAAAUUGCACGCACGCAUGCUGGUCCCUUAUGAUGUCGAAAUUUGCCAUAGAAUGAAUUAGAAAAACACUAUUGUGGUUAGAAAAAAACGAAUGGCGUGUGCUUUCAAUGCGAAAGGCAGUUUCGAAAGCGGCACAAUUAAGAAGUGUAUGGUCAAACUGAAGAAGCGUUUUACAAAAGUGUGGCAACAUAAGACAGGUUAUUUGGUAUGAAAUAUAGAACGUUAACUAUCAGGAACUCAUGAGUUUCAGUAAGCUGAGAUGAAGUCACCCUCUGAAAAUCACUCUUGCUUUUGCCUCUUAUUGCACCAAAAGUUGAAUUUCUUUGCAACAGAUCAGGGGACGUGCAUAAUCAAUGUGUUGAACUAUAUUCAAAUCACGCCUGCAUAUUGUAGAUGUCCUUAAUACAUUUUCUCUGGGAAAUAUAUGCAUCACCGUCGACCAUUAAGAGUUAAAUUAUCAAACAAAUCGGGCAGACAUUUUCCAAGCAGAUAAAACCAAGAUAUUGUAUCGUCGAGGAAUAGAGUCUAAUAAUCGACAACAUAAAUCAUAAAAUGGUUUUUUAGCGCAGUACUUAUAAAACUGAGUGGUAACCGAAAGAUGUGGAAAUAUGAGUGGAAAAGGACAUCAUUGCAAACCUGUAUUCACCAAACUUCUUGAAUACUGCGAAUGCUUGAAAUUCGCACACUAUUGUAAAUUUAUGCAAACAGGUUUUCGCAAAGGUUUAUUCAGAACGCAGGAUAACUUUGAGCGAGCUUAUUCACGUUUAAGUGCAGUAAGUCAUAUGUUUUUGGAUAGUCCCAAUCCUUUCUUCUUUAUUGGGAUCGCACAGGAUCGUAGUUUCUGUCCAUAAAGUAAUGGUUUUUUGCACCAGUGCGAAGGCAGCAAAUGGUUUUACAAUGCCUAAGUUUUAAAUACUUUUUCUUAGGCUAUUUUCAGACCUAGACUUCCUAAUUUUACUAGUUGAAAUUUUAGUAAGAUUUUCAAAAAUGGAGGUAUGGACAGUGGCACAUCCGUUUAUUCUCCCAAAUACAAGAAUAUUUAGAUUAAAACGCAAAACUAAGUCCCAAGUGAAAUUUAGAUCAGCCGCCUUUCUUACAUUUUAAAACCAACGCCCUGCCCCAUGGGCUGCGAUCCUGCACUGUGUCGCCUAAAGCAAGAGAUGUCUAACACCACAUGGGAAAACUCGAUUUGUUGCUUUUUUUCACCUAUGUAGGUCGUCAAUCUACUUGAUUUAAGUAAAGAAAAGUCUAAAUUAUGACAGCAUACAGUCGGGAAUGCCAUAAGGCAACGGUAUAGAGAAGGACCUCACUCAACUGUCAGUUGACUGUGGGUCGUGUCGUAUGGGGUUUUAUCUUGGCAUACGUUCGCAGGCUGAUGCAGAAAUUACACUGCCAACAACAAUUUCUUCCCAAGACCUCACACCUUAACUCAGAGUCCGUUACUGUAUGAAAUCUAUUUUUUGCUUGUUGUUUAAUUACCAGUCUCAUUUCCUUUGUCGUACAAUAGCGUAGAAUAAGACUUUCGGCAUAAAUCCAGACAAUUUUUGUGUUUUCUUUCAUUUUGUCAGCAUACUGCCUUGCGUGCUGCCUCACCCACAAAACUCCCUUUACCAUAAAUCACGCAUGGCACGAUCCACAGUCUACUUGCAGUUAAGUGGAGUCCCCCUCUAUACCCUUGCCUGCCAUAAUAGCACUUAAUAGACGAUGAUAAUAAGCGCGAAGAUAACAAAAAAUCCUGCGGUCAAAAAGAUUUGAGUUUAAGGUUUUCUCUCAAGCUGCUGACUUUUCUGUCCAAGCCAGGAACACCGUAGCCUGAACCGCAAAAAUCAAUAAGUCCAUCAUAGCAGCAGAUCAGUACUCCUCUUUCUUGACUCAAUGUUCCAGAUUAUGACUGCUAUGGCAACGCUUCUGAUGAAGUGGGCAGAACUUCACACGGCAUGCGACCAGUAUGAAGAUGACAGUGACCUUCGGUAUCAAGCCCGACUGAUGCCGUCAGUACAAGCAUAUGCCAUUAGAAGUUCUUUCUGACACACUGUUUAAACAUUUUAUAAAUUCUCCGUGCUUAAUAGGAUGAUGGUCUUACGGUCCACUAAUAAGACUGCAAUACCGCAAAUUGUGUAUCUUUUCACAGUCAAAGGGUAUGGAAGCAUUCGUACAUCACGAUUGAAAGUCUCUGAGGCAAAAGAUUUUUGGCCGCGCACUUCUUAUUUUACAUUUACGUCUAGCAUUAACGUAUGUAGACGACACGACAUUCUUUAAAAAGCUUUUGCUAUAAGGGGGCCGCUGUUGGAAAAUUUUUAGAUGAAUAAAUUUGGUCAGUCAAUCAUAUAUGUAAGUAUAUCUGUCCGUCACAUAACGGUCGUCGUAUCAUAUCCUUAGAUAUUUAAAACUUGGAGGGAACUUUUUUUAGAAUUCAAGGUUAUUUCAUGAGAGCAAAUUGGUUUUGAAGCAUGCAAGAUCAUUUUUCAAGAUAUAUAACUAAGACUAUUAACUACUAAGGCUUUCUAGUAAAUUGCAUACACUGGCACGAGGUCUGUCCACUAAAGCAAUCAUUUGACAUAACACUGGACUGGAAUUCAUGGAAGGUUUAAAGGUCUGCUUUUCAGUUUAUCUGCCUUUGAAAGUUAAUCGCAGUCAUUUCUUUCUAACCAUUCAAAUGCCUUUGUCUCUUCUUAUGCAAAAACUGAAUACCAACCCAACCGCCGGUAACUUUUUCUCUCAAGUAUUCGAAAAAAAUGGCGCGAGGACUCAACCCCUACCUAUGCGGCCACACAGCCAAUGGACAUUCCUGGCAUGGGUCAGCCUCCUUGAACUUAUUCGGACACAGGGAAGCAGCAACAGGAACAACUCGCGUGUCAUUUCAGGGCACAUCACUCCUAGCGUCAGCAUUAGCAUAACCAGUGAUGAUGCUUUUACCACCCUACAAACACCAGCGUCAUCAUCAUCCCUGCAACCACCAACCUGUCACCAUUGCGGCCACACAAUCGAAUCACCCAUCGGACUGGCUGAUCACAUGCCCAUUAAUCGCAGGGAGAUCGGUGCACCACUGACUGGAGCCCUGUCGUACACGCUCCACCUGUCCGCUCUGCCACAGACAUCCAGAGAUCUAGAAGACCAUAUGCGCACACAUGACGGUGGGGGAUUCGCCGCAGCUUCACCUGUACCCUGCACCUGAACCCCCCCCCCCAACACCGUCUCUUUCAACCCCACCGCCAGUGCCGCCAUCAUCACCAUCACAAUCUCAUCGUGUCCUUGCUGCCACCGCGUGAACAUCGGUGACACGUGACGGUCUGAUUGGUUGCCUGGGUAUUCAAAAUCCUGAGACUAACGAACCUGUGACAGGAGCCUCGACAUACACCCACACCCAUUCAGAGGUCGCAUGGGUCUGUUCGGCCAUAUGCGUCUCCGUGCAAAAUUCUAGGUGAGAACCACAAUCCUGACUCCAUCCUAACAUUUCCAAAUGAACGUCCACACAUGCAUCUCUAAGUCACGUAUUAACCUACUCCAUAACACGUGUAUAUACUCCACCCAGCUGCUCACACGUCGGUCUCCAGCGAUGCACUUUGGCGGCGAAACAUUGCAUGUCAGAACAUGCAAAUCUCAGGCGGUGUGGCGCAUGUCAUUCUAUGUGCCUUGGGUAGAUAAAGUGUGUAUGACAGGCGAAUACUCCAUGCCUACCUUCACAAAGUGCCACGCUGGGUGCUCUGGACCAAAACAGUGGUCAGAUUGGGUCACGGCGGGCGUUAACCAAACAACACAGGGUUUAUGUCAUUCCAUAACAGGACAGCUCGACCGUCGUUGCUGAGGACGUCCGCCGUGUGCUCCACAGAAAUGUGAGAAUAAAGACGGCAAACUGUGUAUAAUUUAAAUUAUAGUGGCAGUAAACUCGCACAGCAUCCACCGCACUCUCUCCUCCUCCUCACCCACCUGGACCCGGUGCCAAGACAGAGUCGAGAAGACCAGGGGCGGGGGAGGGCCCAGGUGGAUGGCAUCGUCAAGCCUGCACCUUGGCGCUCAACUCCACACCCCCUGGUCCCCCUGGUCAGGUUUUUCAAAUCAACAACAACAACAACAAUGGGGAGGGGGUCCCGGUGUGUCCGACGGCUACCGGCAACCGAGUCUGCCACCACACACCGACAUUUUGGCAUUUGUUAUGAUAUAAAAUCCGAUAACUCUUGCCAGAAUCCGAUAUGACCCCCGAAUUGGUCUAACGCAUCCACGGCCUAUCGUCGUAUGUUCAGGCUCGUCAGAUUGAGCUUAGUGAGAAAUACGUUGAUUUACCGUGGUGACAAGUGUCGGUCUCAUUCUUCCCUCUCUAUCUCGGGCAGCAGCCAAUUGUCCGAACCCGUCAGUUAUGUUGAGACUGGAUUGGACUCAGUGGCUGGUGAGGCGGAAAGACUACACCUAGGCGUGUCAUCACAUCCCUGUGUGCAACAGUAGAUACGCUAGAUGCACUGCCGCACACAGGGGUGUGAUGAUACGCCUAGGUGUAGUCUUUCCGCCUCACCAACCACUGAGUCCAAUCCCGUCUCAAAAUGACUGAGGGGCUUGGACACUUGGCCGCUGCCCGUGUAUUUAGGUUUUUAAAAAGUUUCGCAAUUCCCGAAUAAGUUUCAGCCUGAUCUGCCAUUGCAUCAGCAAUUAGAAAUUUCAGUCUACAAGGUGCAUGUUUACCGUGUAUGGAAAAGCAUAUAUUCCUCUAUGCCUUUAAGAAGAUGCCACAUAGAGUUCAUGAAGUUUUGCAAUGGAUCUGGAUUGUGUUGUGCAUUUCAUGAGGAGCAUUAUUAGCAGGACUUGUGGGGGCUUGCCUACAUAGAAAUCGCGCGGUCUUAUAAACUCAUAAUUAGACCCUUUUUUAAAACAAAAAGAUACACUUUCUUCGGGUAUAAGAUAUUAAGACAAUGUAAGUUCCUUUCAAAUGAGCCGUAGAAGGCUUAUGUUGUGCAUGUCUUCUGUAAGCUAUAUUCAAAUUUAUAAGACCACCGAAAAUGAAUAAGAAAAAUGCAUGCUACUCAAGUAGUCAUUUUUUACCGAGUGUAGAUUCUGCAGGAGGUCAAAAAGAAGUGCAUUCGAAGGUCGACAUCCUGACGAGUCCGAAUUGUUAUAAGGUUGUGCUGCAAGAUAGUCAACAUAAAACCUUCAUUUAAGUCAUUCUUCCUAAUCGGAAACGCAUUCUAGGAUUUUGGUCAGCAUUUCAUGAGAUCGGUCACACACUGUUAUAUCACAGAAGAUUGUUUAGAGCAAUUGGACAAACGAGCGUCAGGCUACAAUGGGAUCUCCUUAAUGUGGUCUUGAUUACACGUCCACCCACGUGGCAUUAGGGCCGCUCUUACUGCGGUCUGGCACAAACUUUCGGGAUCAGGCCUAAACUGCCAGUUUGGCCUUGUCAACCAUUGCGCCCGAGCCCACUUCCGAUCGUCCUGAUAGUGCCUUUCACGGGUGAGGGAUGAGAGAGAAUUUAGUGGAUGAUGCAUAAAUCUUCCUCACUAUAAACCAAUACACGCGCAAGUCACCGGCUUUGCGCCUAAUCUGUAGGGUACCCAGUAAACGUCUUCAAACGGGAUGCUUAAACUGCCACCACCAUCAUCAUCAUCAUCAUCAUCAUCAUCAUCAUCAUCAUCAUCAUCAUCAUCAUCAUCAUCAUCAUCAUCAUCAUCAUCAUCAUCAUCAUCAUCAUCAUCAUCAUCAUCAUCAUCAUCAUCACCCUCAAGUGUGUCAUUCAGUUACCACGCUUUUUUUCUGGAAUUUCGAGUGUCCAACACGCUUUGCAGUGUAUCCCACCUUACCUUUUAGCAAAAGCAGGAUUCUUCAUCCACGGAUUUGUCCCCCUUUGGCCUCUGAUAUAAAGACCAGAUGGAAAAGGAGUCGUAGGUCACUCUCUACACUAACAUAGGAGGUGCCUGUUCCAUGUCUGUGGCAGAUGAUGGGCGACGUGUUCAUGUGGUUUUGGAGUAUGUGUGAUGCCAGGGUUUGAUCUGCGGUACUUUACUGCAUAAUAGUGUGGGAGCGCAUGUUAUAGUGACUGAAAGUGCAUGGGCAAUGCGAGCAGAGGAGGCGAAUGUGGCGAACGUACACCGGGGUAUCUGGCACUUGUUAGCCCGCCUCGAUGCGAUGAAUUCACAAGCGAUCGACCAGGCCGAUGGGUGGUGUGAUGGUGCGAUCGCAAUGAGGACAAGUUAGGAUCGAGCCAACAUUGCUGGUGGUGGGGUGGUAGUGGUGGCGGGCGUGACUGCUGAGGGGACCUCGGGAAUGGUUCCAUCCGUGCAGGACUGAGGGGAGUGGCGAUCGCCACCUUCAACGUCUUCGAGGGGUCGUGGCAGUGAUGUGCGGCGGGGAACGAUGUGACUUUACUCACCGGUGGUGGGGUCGGCCUCGGUGGGUGCCAUGGCGGCGGGGUGAGGGGGUGGGUGCGUUCUUGUUGGUGACAUGUUGCUGUUGUACUGUAUCCGAAAAUGUCCGAAGAGGGCAAUCUAAACGCGAAAUAUUUGUCGGCAGCUUGGGCCCCCUUGGAAGUGAUUGCAUCUUGGGGCUGAGGGUCCUCAGUCUUCGCGACCCGCGAGCCGCUCUGUUGGCUUCGAUGGUGGUAAUUCAAGUAGUUGCUGCUCCAGUCUUAAAUGCCCUUCUCUAAGCCUAUCUAUCCUGGGCGAAGUCAUUCCAGGUGUCCGGACUGAUUUGCAAAUCCUUGUGGUAGGAACCUUGGAUUUCCAUGCAGCGUCAUCGCCAUAGAAGAGUCAGCUGGGUAGGUGCUUGUCAUCUAUCAUCGCAGUUGCCUCAACAUGGUGUGUAUGCCUAAGAUUCCGGUCCGUUCCUGGACAUCUGCGUCUCGGAUGUUGUUCCACUGCCCAGACACUAGCAUGCUGCGGAGACAUCUAAGGUGAACGUUAUCCAGUAUCCUGGUUUGGUUGGCUUAAACGAUCUAUUCCCCGCCCCAUGCAGCAGUGUCCUCAGGGCUAUCGCCUUGUGUGUCUUGAUUUUGGCAUUCAGAUGAAGUCCUCGCGAUUGAAGUUUAUAGCAGGUUGAGUGCCUGGCUACCUCUGGAGAUCCGAUGAGUUACCUUGCCAUCGAUCCUCGCAUUUAUAAGAUUGUUCUCCCUAGACAAGCAAAUCUGUCCACAGUAGCCAGAUGAGUUCCCUUAAGCGUGACAUGGUGUCCUACGUAAUCAGUGUCUGGCGCAGUUUGUUGCACAACCGCCUUUUUUGUCGCAUUGAUUGUCAGUCCGAAGUCAGCGCAGCCAUAGAAGGGUGCUCACCGAGUACGUUAGGGAACUCACUCGUUCCGUUGUGUCUUGGAGCUUUCUCUCGAGUCCGCCAGCAGCCGUACAGUGACCCGUAAUAUAAGCACACCGCGGGGAUGAAUAUGGCUGGCUGGCGACGGCUUAUCGGCCAGAAAUAACCGUUUCGGUCCCCAUUGUCUUUGCCAGUAAUGCCAUUUUGCCUAUAGGCGAAAAGGUGUAUGACCCCUUGCAUGACUACCUCCGUCGUUGUAUUGAGUGAACCGUCACCCCCGGUCGUGUGCACUGGUGUGGGAUACCCUCGGGCAUGUUUGCACCCACCGUAAGUUGAGAAGUUGUUUUUCGAUCUGGUAGGCGGUUCUGACUCCUGAUCGCUAGUCAUCGUACUUCACCCAAUUAGACGCCCCAAAUACUUCCGAAUCAGUCCCACUGUCCGUAUAGUGAACCAACUUUCCCUCUUGUAUCUUGCACACCAUGUGUGCGUGGAGUGUUCCAGAUAUCUGGAUUUUGGCAUGAUCCUUUAGAACACCGUCGCGAAUAUCUACAAAGACAGUGUAGAGACUUGUCAGCAAGAAAAAUCAUGUCAGUAGUUCCGCGGUGUCGUUGAAAACGACGCUUGUUUUCUGGGAGAAGCCUUUGCUCCAGGUGGUAGUUGGAACCGCUUUGAAAGAUGCGAGCGAAUGGCUGCCCGGGAGUGGCGGACGACGAGUUUGCCAUGUGAUUUUCAUAGAUCAGUCGAUUGCCCUUGUUCUUGUAAAUGUGUACAAGCAAAAUUUUUGGUACCAAUAAAUCCUUCCCGCAUGCUUACUUCAGCUUUGUACUGGGACGAAAUGCUUCAAAAGCCUCCCUAAAGCAAUGAAAGACUUGUCCAUGCGACCCAGUCCUCGCGAGAGCGAGGCGAGUUUGUUCGUCAACCAACGACUGCCGUUCUUGUAGAGUAUGUCUGGAAUUGUGCCUCAUUCCGGUGCUUUCCUGUUGUUGUAGAUGCUUAUGGUAAGGAAGGCAAUAGGUCCGUAUCGUUGUUCUUUUUUAAACUGGGGGUCUUUUGAUGGUCACGUCAGAGAUGACGGAUGGACAGUUAAGGACGGUUCUGAAGUGCUCGCCUCAGUGCCCCUGGGGUGUUGUUCCGUCGAAGCUGAGAGUCGGCGCGUUUCCUUUGGUGCAGGCGCAUAGACUGUUUAUGUGGAGCGAUGAGAUUCAUCGUUUUAACUGAUCUGCGUAUCCUUGUAUUUCCUCGAACCUGCGAACCACUCCAGGCGUCUUGCUUCGCCCACAGCCGUCGUUUCAUCAAUCAAGCAGCUGCAUCUGAAGAAGACCGCCUUUUUUGUCAAAUUAGCGGUUGGUGUAGGUUUUGCGCAGCCCAUUUUUGCGAGCAGAUUGGGGAUUUCUUUGUCAUUAUCAUCGAACAAGACCUACGGCAUGGACGACCUAGGGCUUCCAUGGCUUUAGUGUAGACCUCGUUACGCAGUUGAUGCCACUGUGCCGCCAAGUACGCAUUAGUGGUCGAAGUUGGCAGUUCAUUCAGGAUGUGGGUCUGUUUAUUGCGGUGAAGGGGGCGGUGUGAAGAUGCAGAUGACUUACGUGGUGAUCGCCUGGCUUGUGGUCCCGUGUUAGGUUGCCUUUGGAGUGCCAUCUUGGGGAUGACAAGGUGGUGACCCGUUCGGCCGUCGAUAUCGCAGUCCGCCUUUGUCACCAGACCGGUAUGACAGGCGCGCCUCUGAAGGCAGACAUAAUCCAGAAGCUGACAGCGCCGCGCUGGAGGCUGAAGGAAAAUGUCGAUCAGGAGGAGACGGUGUUCUGUAUAGGUUCACAGAAGGAGGAGGCCAUUGCCUUUGUAACUCCCGAUUCUGUGUGGGCCCAACUCUCCACACCGUCGGAGCAAUUCCAUUAG